AUGUCCCACGCAUUUUACGCAGAUGCGUGGCAAAAAUCAAAACGGCGUAACAGACUAUGGUAUCAAGAAAAUUUAAUGCCAGCACUAUUGGCUGCUAAAGAGAGAAGAGUGAGAGAAAUUGAUGUGUCUAUUGCCCUUGCAGAAGAACUAUUGCGGGUUUAUAACGAGCCAGUUACAAAACCAACGCCCGUCCCCCUACAUGAGAUUGUACCCUCAGAAGAUGAUAGUCUCAUGAAACCAAUAGAACCUGAAGUGUUAAAUCUUUUUUAUGGAUGUACUGAAAAAGGCGCAGCUGGACAGUAUCUUAAAGCUAGGUAUAAAAAAGCACCUGAAGACAAGUUUUAUUUUCGUAUAACUUCUAACUGGGACUAUGGUUGGCAGCAAAAGCAAUGUCGUUUAAAACCUCGUGACGUGAACCACGGUCGAUGCGCCAUACUACGAGACACAUUUUAUCGCAAAAACAACCUGGCACCUGACCCGCCACACUACUCCAGCCCCGCUGGUGGAGAAUUCUCUAUAUGUAGCGAAUAUUCUUGCAACGCCAAUUAAGUAUACAUUUACCAAAGUUAAGGGUUAAGUGCGCAAAUAAAAAGACGAUAUAUAGCAAAAAACAUAUA